UGUAAAUAUUGCAAGGUUGGCAGCCUGAGAAAACUAAAAAUACUAAUAAGUGAUUCCGUAAUUUAUUCCACUGUAUUCACUAUGCGCAUAUAGGGCAGCCUGUGAAAGAAACGAUAUUGCGAGCUGGCUGUUCGAGAGUAAUAUUCGCGUCAUGAGAAGCAGUUACGAUUGACACUGACAAAAAAUCGCAUAAUAUUCAUUUUAUUUGCUAAGACGCACUAGUUGAACGUAUCAAGGUAGCAAAAUGCCUAUUUUAUACAGUGUUGUGUCCCGAGGAAUCACUAUAUUGGCCUAUCAUGCCACUUGUGCUGGUAAUUUUGAAGAAGUUACAGAGAAAAUAUUGUCACAAAUACCACCUCAGAAUAAUAAGAUGACUUAUUCUCAAGGACCUUAUCUUUUUCAUUAUAUCUGCGAGGAUUCUAUUAUUUAUAUGUGCAUUACUGAUGAUGACUUUCAAAGGUCCAGAGCAUUUCUGUUUCUCAAUGAAAUAAAACGUAGAUUUUUAACUGUUUAUGGAGCUGGAGCUCAAACUGCUGUGGCUUAUGCCAUGAAUACAGAAUUUGGUAGAGUUUUAGCUAAUGAAAUGAAACAUUACAGCGAAUCCAGGGACAUUGAUACUAUAUCUAAAGUUCAUGGUGAACUUGACGAAUUAAAAGAUAUUAUGGUAAAAAAUAUAGAUAAUUUAGCAAUGCGCGGAGAAAGAUUAGAACUUUUGAUUAACAAGACCGAAAACUUAACAGCGAGUUCUGUCACGUUCAGAAAGACUAGCAGAAAUCUAGCACGUUCGUUAUUUUGGAAAAACGUUAAGAUUUAUGUUAUUAUAGGAGCGAUCUUAACAGUAAUGGUUUACGUUGUGGUAUCAAUAGCAUGUGGCGGAUUGGGUUGGCAAAAGUGUGUUAGAAAUUAGGUGCUCAAGAAGAUCUGAAAAAGCUGUGCCUAGUUACGUCAUAUGUAUAAAUAAACUUUGCGAAGAUUAAAUACGAUGUCAAGUAUGGAAGGCCUUUAUUAGGACAAGAAUGAACAACGUCGUCUUUAUACCAUACUAAAUAUACGUAUACAUAUAUACUGUAUUUAUUUGCAAUAUUCUAAGGACGAGAACAUUUCUUACUAUAACACAAUAGAAUUAUCAGAUACUCAUAUAACAUAUGUAACGUAGCAUAGUUAAUUGUAUUAAUAUCUAUUAUUUUUAUUAUCAAUCAGGGAUAUUACUCUUAAUCUUAAAAUCCAAAAAGGGGUGAACGAAAUAUCGAUGUUAUUUUUACGUAUUUUAUUAUACAUACAUAUACAUGUGUGCUAAAUACAUAUACACACACACACACACACAUGUAUAUAUAUAUAAUAUAUAUAUACAUAUAUAUAAUUA